AUGACAAAGAUGUUCAAUAAAAUCCAAGUAUCUAAGAGGGGACGCCCAGGGUGUUAUGAAUGUGAAAAGCCUGAGUUUUUAGGUUUAUGUGAUACUUGUAGCUUCGAAAGGUCCUUGACGGUGGUAUCUGAUGGAUGGUCAACAUUGGCAUCACCGGAUAAGAAGAAUCCCCCUCCCGAGAGGAAAGAUCCAUCUCCUGACGCGAACAGUUGUCCCCAAUGUGGAGCAGGACCACUAAAGGGCACGAUCAAAUGGUUUUCAGAAAUUUUAUGUACAGUCAACAAACUAGGCAUCGUUGUGCGCGUCUCGGGCGUACAGCGAGGAGAAUUAAGGAAAAUGGAAGGAACUAAAGCAAAUAUUGAGGUUUAUGUGAAUACUACUCAAUAUUCAAAGGAAGAAUCGGCAGAGGAACAUCAUGCAUCAUCAAGGUAUUCAAAGGAAGAAAGUCCCAAUACGACUCCAUCUAAUUACUCCACUUUGGUGAAAAGACGUAGAGGUUAUAAUGCUCUACCUUACUUAGAAAACCGGGAUACAAGGAAAGUUGAAAGUUAUGUUCCAACAAAUGAAUGGCCUACCGAAUGUGAAAUUCCACCUUCAUCUCUUGUAAGAAGAGGAACGCAGUGGCUUUCCACCAUCCCCCGAGCGAUGAUUGUCGGUGUUAGCAGUCUCUUGGGCUUUCGGAAAGUCCGUACUUUAUACGAUGAGGAAGCAGCUGUCGAUACUGAGCUUGCACGAUGGGUAGACGAGAAGAUGAACUGA